UGAAUGAAAUGAAAUGAACUGAAUUGGAAUUGGGUCUGGGAGCUAGUUCCACCACUGUGAUCUUGCCUGGUAUGACAUGAUUAUUCUCUUGAAUUUUUUCUACUUCUUCGUUGUUUGCUGCAUGAAUUGUUUUUGGUUAGUCUAUUGUACAAGUGUAUAAUGGGAAUUUAGUUUUGCUGAAAUGAAAUUGAGUUAUAUAAGAUUUAAUGAUUCUGAGAUUAGUUGUUGUGUAAUGUGUAGUUUCAAGUGUUGGUAGAUUUGGUUUUCAGGGAAGUGAAGUGGGGGGGGGGGGGUUUAGAAGUGUGUUGAUUGGGCUGCAAAUGGAUUUGCAUUUGAAGGGUCUGUUUGAUAGAUUUCAGGAGCAGUUUGGGUGUGGUCCUGGGCUUGGUCCUGGAUCUGGGACAUGUUUGAUGAAAGUGGAUGGCAUUGCUCCUAAUUUCAUUAGAUCUAUAUACAAAGCAUCUGCGGCAUUGUAUCGGGCUGAGCCGUGGAAGAGGCUGCGUCCGGGGCACUUUUUCGGUGUCCGGGUUGGGAAAGAUUCGGAUUGGAAUGGCAAGAAACAGCCUUUUCCGUGUGUCCAGUUCAUUGGAGGUGAUGGAGGGGAUAUUGGUUUCUACAUGUUUAGAUCAGAAAGUGAUGCGAAGAAAAUGACAGGGCCUAGAGAGACCGUUCGUGUUCCAAAUGUUGAGCUUCUCAGGGUUACAUAUGAAAAGGAGUCCAUGAUGUUCCCUUCUAAUCGCAAGAUGAUCAAGUCUUUGUCGCUGGAAGCGUCCGGCAUGGAUCGAUUUCCUGUGAUUGAUGUUGCCCGAUGCACGAUUUCUGGUGAGCUUCGAUUUAGAAAUCCUACACUGGAAGAGCUUAAGUUUGUCUAUGGAUUCAUGAAAGCCAUUUCUCUGGUCCACUCUUUACUUCAGGUGGACAGGGAAAUUGGUUCAAAGUAUUCAACAGCGGUGAAUUUUGAACAUUUCAUAGAGACGGUUGAUGUUCAGUGGCCUCCAGAAGUAACUAAAGGAGGUUAUGACCUUGUUGCUGUUACUAUCUCACACCCACCUGGUCAGGCAUAUGAUGACAAAUCUAGUAGCAUGAGUGCUGGAUCAACCCCAACCAAAUUUAGAGAACCCCCCAGCGAGGACACUUUCAAUGACACAAAAGCAUACUCAAGUACUGGUAUAAGAGAGUGUGCAAUGUGUGAGAAGGAAGUGCAUGGAGAACAGUCACUUUGUUGUGGGCGGUGCAGAGCAGUUAUUUACUGCAGUUCAAUCUGCCAGAAGCAACACUGGAGUGAGGCACACAAAAGCUUGUGUGGACUUUACAAGGCCAUGAUGGAAAGGGAAGAAGAGCUUACUAUAAAAAUCUUCUUGUUCCCAUGUUCUGCUGACCAGCCUUGCAAGUGGCUUGAAUCAUUAGGCAUCCACCAGAAGGGUAUGUGGAGCAGAAAGUGCAGUUGCAAUUCACACUGCCCUCUUGGUCUCCUUCCAGUGAAAGGUGGACUGCGGGAACUAUGGGGUGAACUGGAUGAUUAUGAAUAUCCUCAUGACUCCCCAUUCAACAACCAUUUCAGCUCAAGCCCGUUUCUUCUCUCUGGUUGGUCCGAGUACUACACGCUUCGCUCACUUCCAUUGUCAAGUCCUGUUGCCGACAUUCUCUCGCAUCCAUUGACCGUGUAUCACAUACUGACUACUCUUAACAUAAGUUCAAAGAACCUGAUACUGCAAGGGAAGGAGGUAAUUGUUCACUACCUUGGACCUGAAGGCGAGUUGGAUUGGAUGCCAGCAUUUGCAGAAGUUGGUCAUUUGCUUAAUGGAUUGGGUAAUGUACAGAUAGUGAUGGUGGGACCAGAAGUUCCAACGAAUUUGUCAGGUACAACUUCAGGAAUAGGUAGCAGAGUCAGGGUGAAUCUUGUGAGGGGUAUUUAUCAGGUGGAAGCCUCUUACCUACCUUCUCCCCAUGUUGUCAUUGCUUUAAACUCCAAAUUAGAAAGCUAUUCUACCUGGGGUGGAGCUCUUGAUUUGAUUAAAUCAAUGGAUGUGCCUGCUUUCUUCACUGAUCAAUCUGAAGUUUCAUGUGUAAAUGCUAAACAAGUCCUUCGCAAUGCUGGACUGCACAUCACGCAACCGGUGACCCCAAAUCCUUUCCGGUCACCCGUGAAAAACCUCACUCCUUCUAGCAAUCUUCCUUCAUACAGCAAUGGUUUUGUGUUUGGGGUGAACACUUGAAUGGUGGAGUUCUAGAAACUCUGAAAAUAACUGUCUAUCUACUAUCAUUAAUUUUAAUUUAAAACCUUGUAGCAUACUCCAAAUUUUCUAAGUUUUCAGAGGUUUGCUGAACAUGACUGCAAAGUACGAAGAUCCUUGUAAGUUGUGUUGAAUUAUGAAUAUUGAUCCAUCUCUGAGUUAUGGACCCUUAGUUUUUAUACAACUUUGUAUGUACCACCAGUGUACCAUCUCUGAAUUAUCAAAUUGAAGUUUAUGCUACUCAUCUUUCAUUGAA